AUGGACCCCCUCCUCCACAUCCAAGCGGAGGAUGUCUACUAUAUGAGGAAGCUGGUCAACGACUCGUCCCUCUGGAACCUCAGCUUGGGCGAGUGGUUCCACAAUGGGACAGCAGAUGGCUUCCUGCCCAUGGGCAUCAAGGUCACAAUUGUCAUCGUCUACUCCAUCGUCUGCAUCGUGGGGCUGGUGGGGAACUGCUCCGUCAUGUAUGUGAUCAUCAGGUAAGCCAAGCAUGCAGGUGGGUUAACCCAGGAAUGCGCAGCCUUCUGUGCAGAGAAAGGCUCUCUUUGACAGAGAGAUCAUCACCGCUUACCUUUGAGGAUCUCUUCUCUGGCCUUCAAGAAACGGCAAUAAAGGCAAGGGUUUCUCUGAGCAUGUGCUAGAUUCCUUUCUCUCGCUGUCUCCUAGCAGAGAAUGGAGGUUUUUCUAGGCCAUCAACUUGAAGCAGUCGCUUUUAUGAGGUGUGUGCAGACUGUUCAGAACCCACCCAGUAGCAUCGCCUUGUUCUAAUCCUUGCAGCAACCCUGCAAAGUAGGCCAGCGUUAUUAAAUCCAUAUUGCAAAUGGAGACUGACUGCAUGAGAGAAGGGUGGCUUGCUGAAGCAAAGCCUCAUAAGCAAAUGGGUUCUUCAUUUAUUAGGGUGCUUGCCGUGGAUUUGAACUGAGGACUAAGUCACAAGUGGCUUAGAUCUGCAAAACAGGGCAGAAGGUCGAGGCAGGUUGGAGUAACUUUCUGGAAGGCCAAUUUGUCUGCAUUGGAAUGGCUUGGAAUGAUCCAAUCUGGGGUCCCCAAUGGUGUGAUCAUUGUGGGGAGAUGGGGUGCUUUGUUUGAACAUGGGAAACUCGGGUACCAAUCCCUGCUUAGGCAUGUGCAUCAUAGGCUGGCCCUGGAUAUGAUAGUGUUGUCUCAGGGCUCAACCACACUUCCGCUUGCUCCAGAACCUGCCCCCCAGGAAAACUCCCUGUUUACUGCUGGAUCAGAGCAAACACCCACCAGGUUUUCUCUGGAUUGAUGCUUGCUCUCAUUUAAUACUAAAGAGUGGGAUUUCUAGGGGGUGGGUGGGGAACACAGUGGGGCAAAGGCAAAACCACUCGGACUCAUGCCUAGAAAACCCAAGACAAGUGGAAAACUGCUUGGACCCAUGUUUUCACAUUGCCAUCACUGCUACAAUCAUAUACAAGAGAAUGAACUUGGAUUUGCUUUCUUAUUCCAUGUACACGGCUGCAUUUUCAAAUACUCUUGUUGCUAUUUUCAAUUAUAUAUUUUUAAGUACUAUCAACAUAUGGUCACCCUCAUGUAACAGGUUAGUUUUUUCCCCUUAAUAAUGAUAUGUUGCCACAACAGUGCACAGCCCAUUACAAAAACCUUUAGGAAGAAAAUUCUUAAAUUAAUUCCAGAACUGGAGUUUGCUGCAGGUGUCCAUUCCAUCAUUUCAAUUGCAUCAAAUUUUCAUUACUGAUGCAGUCAUAAAACACUGCAAAAAAGAAAAGAAAAGGAACUCUUGAUGCAACUAUUCACACCGUUGCCUCAAAAUUCUUGCUGUGGGGUGUUUGAUAUAUAUACAAUGAUGUCCUGUGCAUGGGUAAAACACAGAGUGCAAAAUGGAACAUGAUGCAAAGAUAUAUACGCAGUCAGUUCAAGACUGGGUUUUCUGUGGGGUGUUGGUGGUUGACAGUGGUUUUUUUUUCCAUGUUGAGGACAGGGGAAGCAUAAAUGUACCGAAGGAACUGAAAAUGCAUUCUUUAUUUGAGUUUUUUAAUCACUGUUUAUAUGCCACCUGAUUAAAAAAUGGUCUCUGGGCAGCUUGCAAACCAUAAAACAUUACAAUUCUAGAUAACCCCAGUACAAUAAAAUAGUACGCAAAUCCAGGGGAAACAUUAAACGUAAACAUUUUACAGCAAGGCGUAAGACGGUAUAGAGAAAUGCACAGCAUCUUCGAAAGCAGGCACCAGAUCUAAACGUCUGUGGAUUUACAGGUUCACAAUCCAAAAAGGCCACAAAGAAGGUGGCAGGAGACACUCUUUGGGGAGGGCAUCCUAUAACCGAGGGGCCACCACUUAGGAGCCCUUUCUCCUGUAGACACCUGUUGUACCUCACUUGGUGGGGAGCCUGGAAAAGGGCCUUUGAAGUUAAUCUCAGGAUCCAGACAGCUACUUGUGGGAGGAGAUGAUCCUUCAGGUCACCUGGUCCCAAGUCAUUUAGGGCUUUCCUUUGAAUUAGGCCCAGAAGUGUGCUGGACGUCAGUGUGUAUGUAAGUCAUAGAAUCAAAGAACUGAAGAGUUGGAAGGGACCAUGAGGGUCUUCGAGUUUGACCUCCUGCAAUGCAGGGAUCUUUUGCCCAACGUGGGGCUCAACCCCACGACCCCACGACCCCACGACCCUGAGAUUAAGAGUCUCAUGGUCUGCUGACUGAGCUUUCUCAACAGAGUUACGAAGACAAGUUCAAAGUGUUACUGUUAGCAAAGAAAGUGCAUAACCACUUCAGACCAGCUUGUUUGAAGGAUCUCAACCACUUUUAUCUGUGGAAGUGGCACUGUUUCAGGUGUUACUCUAGAACUCCCUGCUUAUUGAAUCAGGUGCGUGUACUCAUUAUACACUUUUCAGCACCUGCUGAAAAGGUUUUUGUUUAGGUAAGCCCAUGGGUAGGCAAACUAAGGCCCGGGGGCCGGAUCUGGCCCAAUCACCUUCAAAAUCCGGCCUGCAGACGGUCCAGGAAUCAGCGUGUUUUUACAUGAGUAGAAUGUGUGCUUCUAUUUAAAAUGCAUCUCUGGGUUAUUUGUGGGGCAUAGGAAUUUGUUCAUUCCCCCCUCCCCCCCCAAAAAAAUAUGGUCUGCCCCCCCACAAGGUCUGAGGGACAGUGGACUGGCCCCCUGCAGAAAAAGUUUGAUGACCCCUGGGUAAGCCUAUAUAAUCAUGUAGAAGUUGAGAUUAAAACACUUAAAAAAUAAGAAUACCUGUUGUUGACUUUAAUUAUCUUUUGGAUGAUUUAAAAAUACCUAAUAAAACAAAUUCCUUCCAGUAGCACCUUAGAGACCAACUAAGUUUGUUAUUGGUAUGAGCUUUCGUGUGCACAUGAAAGCUCAUACCAAUAACAAACUUAGUUGGUCUCUAAGGUGCUACUGGAAGGAAUUUCUUUUAUUUUGUUUCGACUACAGCAGACCAACACGGCUACCUUCAUGUAUUUAAAACUGUUUUUAAACUGUGUUUUAUUGAUCAUUUAAUUUUUUUUAUUUUGGUAAACUGCUUAGGAGUUUCAUUACAAUCCAGUAGUACAUAAAUUCUGUAAAAUAAUAAUACGAUCAUGUCAUCCAUACCUUAUUUACAGUUUUUCCCUUCCUAUUUUAGGCUAACUGGAUUUUCCAAUUCAGUGUUCAGUUUUUCUACACCUUGUGGAAUUAGAAUUUCAUGAGUAGGAAAGGAAGCUGCAUCUGCCCCACUGCCGCCCAGCUGACAGAGAAGAAGUAGGAAAUAGAAGCACAGGCUCUGAGUGGUAGGGAUGCCAUAUGUCUAGAUUUUUUUUUGCGUUUUGAGGUAUUCCUGGGGGGGAAAAAAGCUCAACAAUUUUUUGAAAUAUAUAUGGCAACUCUACUGAGAGGUCCUGGGUCACCUGCAAAUGGACUCAACCCUAACUUAAAUUCAGUCCACUAGGGCCACAACCAUUGGGCAGUUACGUUAGAUGAUUAAAAUCAUAGAAUCAUAGAAUUUUAGAGUUGGACGAGAACUCAAAUGUCAUCUUGAAAGACAUACAUUGGCUCCCAGUACGUUUCCGAGCACAGUUCAAAGUGUUGGUGCUGACCUUUAAAGCCCUAAACGGCCUUGGCCCAGUAUACCUGAAGGAGCGUCUCCAACCCCAUCGUUCUGCCCGGACGCUGAGGUCCAGCGCCGAGGGACUUCUGGCGGUUCCCUCAUUGCAAGAAGCAAAGCUACAGGGAACCAGGCAGAGGGCCUUCUUGGUAGUGGCGCCCACCCUGUGGAACGCCCUCCCAUCAGAUGUCAAAGCGAUAAACAACUACAUGACAUUCAGAAGACAUCUUAAGGCAGCCCUGUUCAGGGAAGUUUUUAAUGUGUGACUUUUUAGUGUAUUUUUGGUCUCUGUGGAAGCCGCCCAGAGUGGCUGGGAAAAUCCAGCCAGAUGGGCGGGGUACAAAUAAUAAUAAUAAAUAAUAAUAAUAAUAGUAAUAAUAAUAAUAAUAAUAAUAAUAAUCUGGUCUAACCCCCUGCAAUGCGAGAAUCACAGCUGAAGAAUCCUUAACAGAAGGCCACCCAACCUUCAGUGAAGGAGAGUCCACCAAGGGAGUCUAUUCCAUUGGUUCUUACCAGAAAAAAAGUUCUUCCUAAUAUUUAGUUGGAAUCUCCUUUCUUGCAAUUUGAAUCCAUUAGUUUGGGUCCCGCCCUCUGGAGCAGCAGAAAACAUACUUGUUCCAUCUUCUUCAUGGUUUGGAACCAGGUGCAAUCAACAUGCAUGGACUCUCCUUAGCUAGAGCAGAUCUUCUCCUCAGUUGUGUGGAUGCUGGUGGGACUGGGGAACAGGAACGUAUCAGAGGGGGGCGUGAGCUGACCAGGCCAUCCUAGGGACGUGUAUGUCUGUCAACACUGGUUUCCUCUCCGGGAUGCGGGUGGCGCUAUGGUCUAAACCACUGAGCCUCUUGGGCUUGCUGAUCAGAAGGUUGGCGGUUCGAAUCCCCAUGACAGGGUGAGCUCCUAUUGCUCUGUCCCAGCUCCUGCUAACCUAGCAGUUCGAAAGCAUGUCAAAGUACAAGUAUAUAAAUAGGUACCGCUGUGGUGGGAAGGUAAACGGUGUUUCCGUGCGCUCCGGCACUCGUCACGGUCCUCCGUGCGCCAGUAGUGGUUUAGUCCUCCUGGCCACAUGACCCGGAAAACUGUCUGUGGACAAACGCCGGCUCCUUUGGCCUGAACGUGAGAUGAGCGCCGCAACCCCAGAGUCGCCUUUGACUGGACUUAACCAUCCAGGGUUCUUUUACCUUUGCCUUUACCUCUCUCAGUUUCUCCUUUUUCCAAUUAAAUUCGGUUCUCCACAUUUCUGCAUCAGUUUGUGAUCAUUAUUUUUCAAACGCUUUUCUUGCAAAGCGGCUGAUUAGGUUAUUGAUAAUUUAUCAUGUAUUUACAGUGGUACCUCGGGUUAAGUACUUAAUUUGUUCCAGAGGCCCGUUCUUAACCUGAAACUGUUCUUAACCUGAAGCACCACUUUAGCUAAUGGGGCCUCCUGCUGCUGCCGCGCCGCUGCUGCAUGAUUUCUGUUCUCAUCCUGAAGCAAAGUUCUUAACCCAAGGUAUUAUUUCUGGGUUAACCUGAAGCGUAUGUAACUCGAGGUACCACUGUAUUUACUUGUCGAAAUUCUCAUUGCUGUUUUAUGACGGCCAAGGAAUGGCAGAGUUGUCCUCUGAAGACCCUUUGCUGGAGAGUGCUGAUGGGGAGAAAGCUGUUGUGUUCAGGUCUUUUUUGUGCAUUUCCCACAGAUACCAGGUUGGCCACUGUGAGAACACGGUGCUGGGCCAGGUGGCCCAUUGGCCUGAUGUAGCUGGAAUUGUCUUCUAAGGCGGGGGGGGGGGGUGGUUCUAUAGGCAUUGGAGAGGACAGUUGAGAAGUGAUUUAUAGAAAGAGGAUUAGCACUUAAGACAGUGUUCCACUGUCAAACGUCUCUUACCGUCAGAAAGUUCCUCCAGAUGUUUAGUCGGAAAACCUUUCUUGUAACUUGAAACCAUUGGUUUGGGUUCUAACCUUUGGAGCAGGAGAAACGAGCUUGCUCCAUCUUCCAUGUGACAGCCUUCUACAUAUUGGAAGAUGGCUGCCAUAUCUCUUCUCCAUCUCGUCUUUUCAAAUGCUAUUUUUUAAAAAUUAAAGCUUUAAAAAAAUGUAACAAAAAGUGAUAUACAAGAGUUAACAUAAAAACUGAAAGAAAGAAAAGAAAGAAAAGAAAAAGAAAAUACUUCCAAUUGUCUGUCUAUCAGCUUUCUGGACUUAUGCAAACUCUGUUAUGCAAACAGCGUGGUGUAGUGGUUAAGAGCGGUAGUCUUGUAAUCUGGGGAACUGGGUUCGCGUCUCCACUCCUCCACAUGCAGCUGCUGGGUGACCUUGGGCCAGUCAUACUUCUUUGAAGUCUCUCAGCCCCACUCACCUCACAGAGUGUUUGUUGUGGGGGAGGAAGGGAAAGGAGAUUGUGAGCCGCUUUGAGACUCCUUAAAGGGAGUGAAAGGUGGGAUAUCAAAUCCAAACUCUUCUUCUUCUUCUUCUUCUUCUUUUCAGUCUUCAAACCCAGAUAUCACAAGCUCAUUAUCCUUUUUUUGCACAAAAAGUCCAUAAGCGAUUUCCAAUCAUUAAUAAAAGUCAACAAUGAUUUUUCUCUAAUUAAACACAUCAAUUUUGCUAUCUCAGCCAAAUCCAUUAAUUUCAAGAACCAUUCUUCCACAGUAGUUAUCAGAUCUCCUCUCAGUCUCCUCUUUUCCAGCCUAAACAGACCCAGCUCCUUCAACCAUUCCUCCUAAGUCUUGGUUUCCAGACCUUUGAUCAUCUUGGUUGCCCUCCUCCGCACACGUUCCAGCUUUUCAACAUCCUUCUUAAAUUGUGGUCCACAGAACUGGACACAGUAUUCCAGGUGUGGUCUGACCAAGACAGAAUAGAGUGGUACUGUUACUUCCCUUGAUCUUGAAUACUAUACUGCUGUUGAUGCAGCCUAGAAUAGCAUUACAGUGGUACCUCGGGUUACAUACGCUUCAGGUUACAUACGCUUCAGGUUACAGACUCCGCUAACCCAGAAAUAGUGCUUCAGGUUAAGAACUUUGCUUUAGGAUGAGAACAGAAAUUGGGUUUUGGCGGCACAGCAGCAGCAGGAGGCCCCAUUAGCUAAAGUGGUGCUUCAGGUUAAGAACAGUUUCAGGUUAAGUAUGGACCUCCAGAAUGAAUUAAGUACUUAACCCGACGUACCACUGUAGCUUCUUUUUGCUCCUGCAUCACAUUGUUGACUCGUGUUCAGCUUGUGGUCCACCAAGACCCCAUGAUCCUUUUCACAUGUACUGCUAGUAAGCCUGGUGUCUUAUAUUUUUGCAGAACCUUACACUCGUCCCUAUUGAAAUUAAUUUUGUUAGCUUGGGCCCAGUUCUCCAAUCUGUUAAACUCGUCUUAAAUCCCAAUUCUAUCUUCUGUGGCAUUAGCUACCACACACAGUUUGGUGUCCUGAGGUCACCCAGUGAUCUUCAUGGCCAAAUUGGGUUUUGAACUCUGGUGUCCCAUGUUGUCGUCCGACGCUCUAACCACUAUCUAUGCUAAACCAGUUCACUGCAGCGUUGGGUUCCAUCAGUUCAUUUGUGUCUUUCCUCCUCUCCUAUCUUACCACCGUGCUUGCGUGCACUGACAAAACACUGCAAGAAAGGCAACCUUUGGUGCAAUCAGUUGAAUGAGUGAUUACUAGGUCUGUGCACAGCUCCACUCCAUCCAUGCCAUAGCCUCAAUAUGGUGCUCCUGAAUCCGGCUAACUUUCUCUGGGACCACCCAGGGACCCCCUGACCCACCCUAGAUUCAGCCCCAAAGCCAUUUGGGAAGGGGGUAUUUUAGAGUUUUAUAAAAUAAAAUAAAAUAAAAUAAAAUAAAAUAAAAUAAAAUAAAAUAAAAUAAAAUAAAAUAAAAUAAAAUAAAAUAAAAUAAAAUAAAAUAAAAUAAAAUAAAAAAUAAAACAAAACAACACAAAACCCAUGUGGAACCCUAAUCCUGCAGAAAGCCAUCUAAUUAGAUUUUAAUUUGAUCCUGAUUUGUUUUUAGGAGGUAAUUUAAUUAUUGUUUCAUUUUAUACCAAUGUUAUAGAUUUGAUGUUAGCCGCCCUGAGCCCGGUUUCAGCUGGGGAGGGCAGGAUACAAUAAAAUUUUAUUAUUAUUAUUAUUAUUAUUGUUAUUAUUAUUAUUAUUAUUAAUUAUUAUUAUUAUUAAAAUAAAAUAAACAUACAAUCAGGACGAGUGAAGGAGACAUUGCAAAAUGUAUUUGAAGGCAAAUUGGCUGCAAGAGAAAAGUGCAUUCAAAUGCCGGCAUAUUUUUGAGAGGAUUUUUUCACCUUUCCAAUCUCAAACUGAUGCCGAGAUGUAGGGAACUGAAUAUAAGAUGGAGAAAAUGCGAAACUGAAACUGACAGUUCUGCCCAUUCCUUCAUAUUAGUUCUUCUUCUUCUUCUUUGGCUAAGAAGAUGUCUAUUUUUAAUAGCCCAGUCAAUCAUCCGCACAAUUCAUACUUCUGAGAAGUAAUUAAAUGGAAGCACUCAGGGAGUCUUGAUCCCUGCUCACUACCUGUUAAUCUUCCUUUGGUAGCAGGCAGUUCUUCCAGUAUUCUGUCUUUCCUUCUUCUCAUCAUUUAGCCUCCUUGGGGGGGGGGGUUCUUAAAAAUAAAAAAAAUAUCCUGAGACUUGUCUGUAGUUAUGCACUGUGGGGGGUUACAUUCUCCAGGAACCUUACAUGCUUUCUUAAACCGAGAGGGUAAAUUUCAGAUGUGUGUAUGUGUGUGUGCAUUUUAUCUCCUAAACAACCCGUCCAGCCAUUCGUCUGCAUUUCCAAAUCUGUUGGCUUCGUUCUCUUCUCCCUGCCUUCCAUUUAAUAUCCUUAUUUGAGAGCAGCAAUAAAAGCAGCUCGCUGGCUGAUGAAUGCUCCUGCUGAGUAGCAUUGCUCAAAAUUAUUCUGCAAUGACGUGCUGGGUAGCUGUGUGAUUGUUUGCGUCUCUCUCGCCACUCGCCUUUCUCAGCCCUGCGUGCGUUUAGAAUCAAACGGAACACAUUUGUGAAAGGUUUUCUCGCUUCGCCCUCCGUGGAGAUACUUAGGCUCAUGUACGCCUGUUCCAACUUGAAGCACACCAGACUGAAAAACAAUAGGGUAGCUUUAAAUAUCCAAUGAGGGUCUCUCUAAGGUUUCUUCAGAGAACGGCAGUACCGCCAAGGCUUGUUGGACCUCUGUGCUAACCCUCCACACUAAUUUCCCUGAAUUUGCCAGGGCAAAGAAGAGGGACUGCAGCAGGGAGGAUUGAAAAAGAGAGCAAUGAGCCCCAUCUUUAGAGCCUGGGUGCAAUGGGAAGUGUGAGAAAUGGAGUUUCCCAUGCCUCCCAACCAUAACUGUCAACUUUCCCCUUUUUUUAAGGGAAACUCCCUUAUUCCAAAUAGGAUUCCUCGCAAGAAAAGGGAAAAGUUGACAGCUAUGCUCCCAACAGAGGCGGAUUUAGGGCAGCAUGUCUGGAUCCGUCGCACUGGGCAUCAAUUCUUUGGGGGCGCUGCAGGGUGUCGUAACUAUGACAUAGUGAAUUGAAUUGAACAGAAGGCGAGAGCCGGGGUGACUGUGAUCAGAUUCUGGCCAGGGUGCCACUGAAAUUUGAAAGACCAAAAUCCUCCCCUGUUCCCAACCCUUUCAUUGCAAAGUUCAUUUAUUUAUUUUUUGCCUGCCCUUCACCCUAAGGUCCCAAGGUGGAUUACAACAUUAGAGCACAAUACAGUGGUACCUCGGUUCUCAAACGCCUUGGUGCUCAAACAACUUGGAACCCAAACACUGCAAAACCGGAAGUAAGUGUUCCAGUUUGCGAACUUUUUUCAGAAGCUGAACAUGCUCCGUUUUGAGUGUUACGCUUCCGAUUUGAGUGCCCCACUUCUGUUUUGAGUGUUACGCUGAGGUCUGUCAGUUUUUGCUAUUUACUUUGCUUUUCUUGCGGCUUUUUUUGUUUUGUUUUUGUGAUUCUGUGGAACCCAGUUUAGCUACUGGUUGAUUGAUUGUGUGACUGCAGUACGUUGUUUAUUGCUUUCAUUUUAUGGAUCAAUGUUCUCGUUAGAUAGUAAAAUUCAUGUUAAAUUGCUGGAAUGGAUUAAUCCCCUUUGCAUUACUUUCUAUGGGAAAGCGCGCCUUGGUUUUGGAACGCUUUGGUUUUGGAAUGGACUUCUGGAACAGAUUAAGUUUGAGAACCAAGGCACCACUGUAUUGAAACAGUUGAAAACUGUUGAAUGUUAGAAUGAAUGUUAGAAUGUUAGAAUGAUGUUGGAUAGAAAUUAAGUGGUUUCCAGCUGUAAUGCUUUAAGGGAAUAUGAAAAAUGGGUUGUUAAUAGGUAAAAAUCUAAUGUUACUAUUUUAAGACCAAAGAUUAGGAUAAACAAAGAGGGUAAGGAUUUGCUGAACCAACAAAUUGAACUGGAAUACAACAAAGGGAGGUAUGAGGAGGUCCGGGAAACAAGCUAAGGAAAAAUAAGUAAUGGAAAAAUUGAGUGGUUUUUAAUCAUUUUUAUUUUGUAUUUUGUAUUUUUUCUUUUUUGUCAUUUUUAUAUUGUAACAUUUGGAAAAUCUCAAUAAAUAUCUUAUAAAAAAAAAGAAAACAACCUAACAAUCACAAAAGCAGGGUGGGACCUAUAAAUAUGUAUCUACCCCACUGGGGUAUCUCACUGAAAUCUCACCAGAACCACUGUCUCCACUGCUUCAUGGGCCCCACCACAUGACACAGGCAAGGGAAGCAUCCAUUGGGAUGAGGGUAAAGGUAAAGGUAAAGGUAAAGGGACCCCUGACCAUUAGGUCCACUUGUGGCCGACUCUGGGGUUGUGGCGCUCAUCUCGCUUUAUUGGCUGAGGGAGCCGGCGUACAGCUUCCGGGUCCUGUAGCCAGCAUGACUAAGCCACUUCUGGCAAACUAGAGCAGCGCAUGGUAACGCCAUUUACCUCCCCGCCAGAGUGGUACCUAUUUAUCUACUUGCUCUUUGACGUGCUUUCAAACUGCUAGGUGGGCAGGAGCAGGGACCGAGCAACGGGAGCUCACCCAGUUGCAGGGAUUCGAACCGCCGACCUUCUGAUCGGCAAGUCCUAGGCUCUGUGGUUUAACCCACCUUUCUAUUUCAUCUCAGGUGGCAAACUGGGACCUGCUGCCCCUGGUGUGGGGUUUCUGGUCUACAAAGUAUUUAGUGUAAUCAUGAUUGUGUUCAUGCCCCACCAAGGCAGCAGAGAACACUGGGUCAUGGCCUCGUUUCUCUUUAGGAAGAAUGGUGUUCUUGCCUCCAUAUUAACUGACCUCCAAGGAAAACAGGCAGCGGAGGAGGGAAGUGGGCAGCAGGAAAACAGAGACAAAUGAAGUUAAUAUUCUUCCAAUAAUCUGAUCUCUAAUGAUGACCAAAAAGAAAUUCGCUGCACAUAGGAGGGAUAAAAUUAAAUUAAAUUUGAGUGCAAGGCAGGGCAAAUACAUUAUCAGAAGCCCAUCAAAGCGCUCCCAUGCCUUUCAUUUUUCUUUGGAUCUCACUCUUUAUGCACAGACACAUAGUUGCAACAGGCAACUGGAGCAAGUCAAAUGCAAAUGUAAUUAGCACUGAGUCGAUGUCUUUGUGCAGAGUAAUCAAAAGCCAUGCUAUAUAUAGGAGUAUCGACAGGGCAGUGAAGCACACAUCCACAAGUCAGGGAAGAGGCAAACUCCUUCUGCAAAAGAUGUCCAACUGUGGAUUCAGGUGGGAACGCCAGAUUUAGGGUGGUACAGGCAGUUUCCCCACUCAGGGUGCCGAGCCAAGGGGGUGCAAAAUUGAGCAGAUCUAUUCUCAAACGCACAACAUGUGUUGGAACAUUCUUAAUGCAGCCUAAGCAGAUUCUUCUAACCAGUGCUUUUUUUUUCUAAAAAAAAAUGUUUAGGGGUAUUCUCAUUUUGACUCAAGAAAAUCACCAUUUUAUAGUUCAAAUCGGGAAAAAUAAAUACAGUAACUGGACAAAAGUACAAAGAUUCACAAAAUGUUUGAGGGUAUGUGUACCCCUGUAUCCCCCCCCCCCAGAAAAAGCACGGCUUCUAACAAUAUCCUUUCACAUUUAUAUUCAGUUUUUACAUCUCUUCGCAUUUCUAGCUAUCAAAGCAUAUACUAUAAUUUCUACUGCAUGAGCCACUUUUUGCUGUUGGUGGUGUUAUGUAUUUUUUGUUUCUAUACUGUAAACCACCCUGUGGUCUUCAGAUGAGGGGCUGUACAUACAUUUAAUAAAAAAUAAUAAAACUACUCAGCAAUUGUCUUAAAACUUCACAAUCUCCUUCACCACGGGGGGGGGGGGGGAAUCCCUUCCAUCCCGCUUUGCAAUUUAGAGAGAGCUGCCUUAUGACACCCAAACCGAUGUUGAGACAUGGUCAAACCAUUUAGCUCUGUGAGCCAUUACAGGUCAGCCUAUCCAGCUUUCAAAUAUGUGUUGACGGCUGGUGAUAAAACGAGAGAAUCCUAGAUUAGCUUGCCCAUAUCUGGACGGACUGGUGCAAAAAGCCUCGCUUGUUUAUUUAGAUCAAGCACAGACAACAUGUUCUGCAAUGAACGGCGCAUCUAAAGAAUAUCAGAAGCAAGAGAGCCUGUGCUAAUUGGCAUAUUUUAGUUGCAUGCAAUUGGUUGGACGGUGUUCUCGAAGCUACCAGCAUGAGUUUGACCAAAGUGCGGGAGGCAGUGGAAGACAGAAGUGCCUGCCGUGCUCUGGUCCAAGGGGUCACGAAGAGUCGGACACGACUAAACGACUAAACAGCAACAACAAGUUGCAUGUAAUCAACACAAUUUGUAUAUCGGUUACAUGGAUAGGGUGACAGAUGCUGGAUAAAGUUGGACUUCUCAGUUCUUGGCCUCUGGGAUUUUGCUGCAACAAGAUUCAGUGCUGGUGCAGUGAUUCUCAUUUUUUUAUUUUGCUGUCUGGUCACAGGGCUUACAUGCAAAAGAUGAUGCAGAAGAUGGCAUUUCAGCAGGUGCAGGUUGUUAUGAAACAACACUUGCUGAAAUCCUUUUCUUCCACACAAUGCUGACUUUUCCACACAUACUCUGGCUUCGUGUCACACUUAUACAGAGGCUAUGCAAAUGUCAGCAUAAUCAAGGAUAAUUAUGCAUCCUCAUCAUUAAGAGAGCAGUGGUGGGGAGUUCAGGUGCAUGGCCUGGAUCCCCAGUGAGCCAUGCCAUCAAUGGGUCACCCCACUGAGCUGCCUUCUGCUGUGGGCAGGCAGUCUGUGUGCCUGCUCACCUGGCAGCGGCGAUGUGGUAGUUUGGCAAUACCACUGAUUCCAGCCCCAGGCAGCGUGCCUGACCUUACUGGCCCAACUGCUUCAAAUAUGCCGGACCUGAUAUACACAGGGCUGGAGUAAUUAGGAACCUAGGUGUCCAUUAGGAACAUGGGGUACACCUAGCUCAGUCGUCAAGGAGCUGUCAGGCAAGCACAGGCCAUCCACAGGGCAGGAAAGAACACGAGGCACAAAAAGCAGUUAGCUUCUAUUCACAGAAAGUAACGACACAGCAGAGUUCCUCUGGCUCAUCUUAUUCAACUGGAGACAUUGCUGAGACUGAUCACUGGGCCUUUCUUCCCCUCCUAGGCUCUCACUCUGGAUCCAUCCCAAGCAGAAAAUUCUGCCUCGGGGGGGGGGGGGCUCCUCCUCUGGGCCUGUCUGGCCCAUUGCUCAGCAACGUGCAGGACUCUCCUUGAGCAAAGUGUCAAAGGGCGAGGAAAACCAGCAGGACUGGGACUCUGAGAGCCAGCGUGGUGCAGUGAUUAAGAGCGGUAGUCUCGUAAUCUGGUGAACUGGGUUCGCUUCCCUGCUCCUCCACAUGCAGCUGCUGGGUGACCUUGGGCUGGUCACACUUCUCUGAAGUCUCUUAGCCCCACUCACCUCACAGAGUGUUUGUUGUGGGGGAGGAAGGGAAAGGAGAAUGUUAGCCGCUUUGAGACUCCUUUGGGUAGUGAUAAAGCGACAUAUCAAAUCCAAACUUCUCCUCCUCCUCCUCCUCCUCCUCUUCUGCUGGGUAGCAAUGGCAACCUCUGACUCCUCUCUGUCUGAGUCUGCACUCACACUGUGACUCUUUGCCUCUACACCUGUCCUGGAAGGGCCUCCUUCACCUGACCCACCUUGAUCGCUCAACCCCCCAGCUUCUAUUACCUCCCUGCUAAUCCUUUCCCCAGACUGCUCCCCAGUGUCCCACUGUCAGGAAUGAGCCAGUUCUAAGCGAAGGUUUGAAGCCAACUGCAGAAAGCAGCCAGGAACAGAGAAGCUUAGAUGUUAUAGUCAGGCAAGGGAUAGCCGGCAGCUGCAGACUUCGGCUCUUCCUAACCUUGACGGGCAGACUGAUAAGGCAGGAGCUGAGAGCAGGCUAGAACACAGAAGAAGCUCACAGGAAGCACAAAAAGGCACAAAUAGCCUCUCAGAGGAGUUUGAGGUUGGAGUUGACCCACUAAGUCCGAAGAGUCAGUGAAUGGGAGGGCUGCUAGAUAGGAAGCAAAACAAGAGAUGUAAGAGUCGUAAGUUCAAUAUCUUCUGUGGACACCGGAAGGAGUCUUCAGAAGGGUCAUCUUGAGUAAUGAUGCUGGAGGCUUUGUCGGAGCCAUCUGGAGCUAUCUGUUUGUUUUUGCAAUAAAUCCGCCUUCUAAUUACCUACGCUUACUGUUUCAUGAAGCUGGGAACCUGGACCCCUGACACCCACCACCACGACUCGGGGUCUAAGCCAUCAUCUUCUGUGUCAUCUGUGGGGGGCUCUUGGGAAGGCGUUACCCAGUACUCUUCCUCAUCCAGCCAGUCCCUAACAUCAGUAUUGCCUACCCUGAUUGGCAGAAGCUCUCCAGGGUUUCUGGCAGAGCUUGUUCCUCACUUGACCUGGGGGUGCUGGGGAUUGAACCCGGGACCUGCUGCAUGCAAAGCAGAUGCUGCACCACUGAGGUAUGGCUUUCCCCCAAAAUAAAAUGGCAAAGCCAGCUGGUUUAGGCAUGGAGCCUGCAGCUCCAGUCAUAGAAUCAUAGAAUAGAAUCAUAGAAUCAUAGAGUUGGAAGAGACCACAAGGGCCAUCGAGUCCAACCCCCUGCCAAGCAGGAAACACCAUCAGAGCACUCCUGACAUAUGGUUGUCAAGCCUCUGCUUAAAGACUUCCAAAGAAGGAGACUCCACCGCAAAUUCCACUGUCGAACAGCUCUUACUGUCAGGAAGUUCUUCCUAAUGUUUAGGUGGAAUCUUCUUUCUUGUAGUUUGGAUCCAUUGCUCCGUGUCCGCUUCUCUGGAGCAGCAGAAAACAACCUUUCUCCCUCCUCUAUGUGACAUCCUUUUAUAUAUUUGAACAUGGCUAUCAUAUCACCCCUUAACCUCCUCUUCUCCAGGCUAAACAUGCCCAGCUCUCUUAGCCGUUCCUCAUAAGGCAUCGUUUCCAGGCCUUUGACCAUUUUGGUUGCCCUCCUCUGGACACGUUCCAGUUUGUCAAUGUCUUUUAAAAUUGUCCCUGUUGGCUAUUGCUUUAGCAGCAGCAAUGGGACCCAAUGGUGGAGGAUUUGGUUCUGGCAGCAGGGGGGCACUUCCUGCAGUCUUCGUACGUCAUGCGGUGGCGGCAGACCUGCCAUGGUGACUCAGCCCAGUUGGCUCAACUCUGCCACACGAAAUCUUCUUAAUUGGAGUUGCUGGGGAUUGGAUUUGGAACCUUCUACGUGCAAAACAUGUCCUCUGUCACUGAACUAUAUACAUGCUCUUUUCUCUGGACCAACACAUCUACCGAGCAAGUUUUUUUGCCUGAUGACUCAUGCAGUCCUCUGUGCUUAAAUAUAUGGAUGCAGUGAUUGGCCCUUAUUCUGGAGUCAAUGAGCCCUUUCCCUUCACACAUACACACACCCGGAAAUAUUUUUAGCUGUUUUCCCCAACAAUAGUAAAGAUUAACUUAAUAGUAAAUAACUGGCUGUGUGCUUGUAUUAUUUUAGCAACAUGCACACCUAGAUUCAUCUGGUAGCUGCACGCCUAAACCGCCAUCAGGAAGCUGAAGAGGAACGAGAGCAUUUGCGAUCGUAGACAGGACAGUGUAAUCCUGAAAUCGCUGCAUCUUAAAAUAAAUAAAUGAAUCUUUAAAUACUGAAGCUUGAAAGACUUUUUCAGGUAUCGCCGAACAAUGGCAAAUUAGCACAGUUGUGGAGAAUACCUAAAAGGAAAGUAUAAUACUUUAAAAUCAGGACAUGGACAUGGUUAAGUAUAAUUAUUUAAUUGUACAUUGAAAUGGAAAAUGGCUCUGCGUGUGUGAAAGGAACAUGGAAAUUUCCACUGGAGCUAAGUAAGAUCUCUCUGGGUGUCUAAUAGGUUGAUAAUGAACUGAGAAUGUGUCUCUGCUGUUCUCCCAACCCAUCCUAGUUGGAAUCUGUUUGCAACAAUCUGAAACGGAUUUUGCUUCCAACAUUCCUAAUUGUGGAGGCUGUUGGAUUUUGAAAGGCGGGAGCUUAGCAAAUUACUCUCCAGGUGGUGCAGUGGGUCAGUGUAUCUGGCUGUUAACCAGAAGGUCAGUGGUUCAAAGCUUUGGGCCAGGAUUCCUGCAUUGCAGGGGGUUGGACUAGAUGACUCUUGGGGUCCCUUCCAACUCUACAAUUCCAUGAUUCUAUGUAUUGAACUUGGCCAAUACAUAAUGCAACGGUUUUGCAAUUCCUUGAAACAAGAUUAUUAUUUUUUUUAAAAAGAAAGUAGAGUUUUAAAAUGUCGCACUGAAAAUCAGACCCGUUCAGCUGUUUUAUUGUUGUCUUUUGUGUCUUCCUUGCACUAGGUUCACCAAGAUGAAGACGGCGACCAACAUCUACAUAUUUAACUUGGCCCUUGCUGAUACCUUGUGCCUGAUAACUUUGCCUUUCCAAGGCACCGAUACCUUCUUAGGUUCCUGGCCAUUUGGAAACGCUCUCUGCAAGAUUGCCAUCUCCAUCGACUACUAUAACAUGUUCACCAGCACCUUCACGCUGACGAUGAUGAGCGUGGACCGAUAUAUUGCCAUCUGCCACCCCAUCAAGGCCCUGGAUAUCCGCACACCCCACAAGGCGAAAGUCGUCAACGUCUGCAUUUGGGCUUUGGCCUCUGUCUUUGGUAUUCCUGUGAUGGUGAUGGGAUCGACCGAGAAUGAAAACGACGGUGAGUGAAAUGAAAUAUCUUAAGAAUGCAAGAUGGGCUGUCUGUUUUAAACGGUAAUUGUUAAAAUCUAUGGGGUGGCGGGUGGCACUGUGGUCUAAACCACUGAGCCUCUUGGGCUUGCCGAUUGGAAGGUUGGUGGUUCGAAUCCCUUUGCCGGGGUGAGCUCCCAUUGUUCGGUCCCAGCUCCUGCCAACGAAAGCACGUCAAAGUGCAAGUAGAUAAGUAGGUACCGCUCUAGCGGGAAGGUAAAAGGCAUUUCCAUGCGCUGCUCUGGUUUCGGUGUUCCGUUGCACCAGAAGCGGCUUAGUCAUGCUGGCCGCAUGACCCGGAAACUUGUCUGUGGACAAAUGCCGGCUCCCUUGGCCUGUAAAGCGAGAUGAGCACCGCAACUCCAGAGUCGCCUGUGACUGGACUUAACUGCCAGGGGUCCUUUACCUUUACCUUUUUAUUAAAAUCUAUAAACUUUCUUCUUCAUUUAGGCUGCAACCUAAACACCACUUUCCCCAGGAGUAAGCCUCAUUGGAUUCAAGGGGACUUACGCAUGAGUAGACAUGGCUAGGAUUGCACUGGUAGAAAAACAAGUUGGAUUCAAUCCAACUUUGGUUCAUCAGUUUCAACAGCUCUACUCUGAGUAAAAUGCAGUUGAAUGCUCCCCAAUGUUUUCCUAAAAUGCAUAACUGCCACAUGGACUUUUAACUUAUGCCAGCCUUUGCCAACCUGCUAAAAAUAUAGACCCAGCAUGCAGCAGGUUUGACAAAGGUACGUUUGCAUGCUGGGGUCAUUCGGAAAUGCAAGGUGGUACAAACCACUCAAUAUUGGGCUGGGAAAAAAGACUAGAACAUCAUUUCCAGAUGAUCUGGACUACAAUACCCAUCAUCCUUGACCAUUGGCCAUGUUGACUAGGCUGAUGGGAAUUAAAAUCCAGAACAUCCUGAAGGCACCAAAUCACCAAAAACUGUUGGCAGCAAGGCCUUCAGCUGUGGUUCAAAGACUAAUUCUCAUUACCUGGAUAUUCCUUAAUUUAUUGGUGUUUGAGCUAAAUGAAUGACUUCCUACCCAAGGAAUGAGAAAUCUACCAGAAAUAAUAAAAGAUGAUGCACUCAUAGCUAUAUAGGUACUUUCUGGAGUGCUUUGAAGAUAAGAAAGUCACAAGAAAGGGCAUUCCUUUCUUUCAUUGUUUCCUCAACCUUCUGUGAUUUUCAGCUUUGCUUUUCAGAUUAUACAAACAAUUCAAAUUCAUCUAUCUGUAGAUAAAUAUUACUUUGUUGUAAAAUGGUUCUGAUGGGGUUGGCUGGUAAACUUAGGUGCAGCAAUAUAUUUUUGUAGUGAUUCACUAUGUAGAAUCAGCUGCCGGCAAUAUAUAUACCACUCGCUAUAGACACACACACACACACACACACAUGGCAAAAUGCCUCCAUCCAAUUUUGCAAUGCAUAUCACUCAGAAGGUGUGUGUAUGUGUGCAUUUGGAUCAAAAUGCCCCCUCCCCCAUUUUGCAAUCUUCAAAGGUGUGUGUGAUGGUAGUGGGGCGUUUGGGCAAUUUUUUGAGGGCCAACUCCUGCCACCCCACUGCCAUACAUACCGUAUUUUUCGCCCUAUAGGACGCACUUUUCCCCCUCCAAAAAUGAAGGGGAAAUGUGUGUGCGUCCUAUGGGGCGAGUGCAGGUUUUCACUGAAGCCUGGAGAGCGAGAGGGGUCAGUGCGCACCAACCCCUCUCACUCUCCAGGCUUCAGGAGAGCCCCACCGCCAACCCCACAAGCUCGGGGGAUAGCGGGGAGGCGCAGCGUGCCUUUCCCACUGUCCCCCGACUUGGUUAGAAGGCUGGCGGAGGGCUUCCCCCUCCUCCAGCCCCGCAAGCACCCAGAGCGAUGCCAAAGCUGCGUGCAGCUUUGGCAUCGCUCUGGGUCCCAUUCUGGGGGCUGGCGUCGGGGGAAGCAUGAGCUUCCCCUGCCCCAGCCCUGCGCCUGGGGGGAAAAAUAAUUUUUUCCCCUUUAUUCCCACCCCCCCAAAUCUAGGUGCGUCCUAUGGGACGGUGCGUCCUAUAGGGCGAAAAAUAUGGUAAAUAUCAUGGCCUCGAUCUAAGGGGCAUUUGGGGAAAAUAAAAAUCUCAGCUGCCAGCUGCCAGCCUUUGGCAAGAGUCCUGGCACAACUGCAAAUCACAUUGGACUUACAGAGAUCGACUUAGUUGGGACUGAACCCUUGAAUUCCACAGACCAAAUCCAAAAAAUUAUGCUAACCUUUUCCUCUACUAGACUGCCCUCACUGAUUCACAAGCUGAAAUUCAGAUUGUCAAGCAGAGGAGUUUUUCCAACCUGGGUAUUUUGCAAUUCUAUUGUUGCGCCCUUAUGUAAGAUGAGGACUGGUGCUUCAGAGGGGCCCACAAAACCAAAGCCUGGAACCCCAAUGGAAGUAAUGACAUCACAAAAAAAACUUGACAGGUGGGGAGGAAACAGACAUGCCUGAGUUGAAUUCGCAGGAUCAUGCCCAGCAUCAAAAUAACCAAGUGAGCCAAAAGGAACAGCCGAUUCCUCUAGACAACCAUCUUCAGGAAUCUGAGCACUCUGUAAAUCCUUUGGAAGAGGAUUUUCUCAGCUCCUUUAGGAAUCUCCCUCAGGAAGACCACCAAACAGUCAUCAAGAGGCUCGAUCUUAUGAGCCAGACGUUGAAAGAGAUUAAAGAAUCGGAGGCAGAGACUGACAAUAGACCCAAUGGCCACAACAGAAUGAUAACGAUAGAAGUGCAAAUCAGGGAAUGAAAGCAGCGUCAGGUAAACUUGGGGGAAGCCUUGCCAGCCUCCAGUUUUUCAAGCUGAAAUGUCUUAGCAGAGAACUUCCACAGUCUUCCAAUGUUAUCAUGCAGUGUUAGGGUUUUUGUUUGUUUUUGUUUGCAUCAAUUGAAUUUUGGAUCAAUUCGCCCACUGUAUAAUUAAUUUUGUGUUUUGUCUUAAAUGGUGAUGCUUAAAAGCAACGUCUAACAGGCUAGAAGGGAAAGGUCAGGAAAGACUAUGGAUGUCUAGGGAUGAGCAACAACCACCCGCUCAUCUAGGAUGAUGGAUGAAUCUGCCAAUUUCAUUUUCUCUCAGUUUAUCAUUUUCCCAGUCUUAAACCAUUCCAUUUCAGCUUGCAUCUAGGGUGAGUUAUCAUGAAAAUCCAUCAGCAUUUUCAUGUGAAUUUCUAUGGAUAUACACCUUUUGUUUGCAAACACGUUUCCCUAGAAAGCAUUUUUCUUCGUAUUUUCCAUAAAUAUAGGCACAUUUCAGUUCAUGUUAUUCAGCUGGAGAACUGAAUCCUAUUAUUUUGAAAAGGGCUAAUUUUGAAAGAUAAAUGUGUUCCAGCUCAUGUGUUUGUUUCGGGAACUGCAAAAUAGGGGGCUUGGCAUUCAAAUGCAAACCGAACUGAAUUUCUCCCCCACCUGGUACUUUCAUCUCAAUUUCCCAGGUACAUUUCCAUAUAUCAGCCUCCUCCAACUUGGUCCCUUCCAGAUGUUUUGGACUACAUCUCCCAUCAUCUCCAGCCACUGCAGCUGACGGGGACUGCUGGGACCUGUAGUCCUGAAAUUCUGGAGGGCAUCAGGUUGGGGGUGGCUGCCCCACACCUUGGCAUUGUCUGGGGGGCAUUUUGCUUGGAGAUGGUAAAAAUCCAUUUCAGCUUUGCUUCAGAUGCAUGGAGCUGGAAUCGUUUUUUAAAUGCAGCAGUGGAAAUCUCUAUGCAAAGCACGGCAUCUUCAGAAGAACCCCAAAGCAGAGCGCCGCGAAGUUAUUAGUUCACCUGUCAGCAAAUUUAGUAAAGAGACGUAACUCCAGCCCAGCCAGCCAGCACCCCCUCCCAAUUCUGGGCAUGACAACAAGUUACAAAACCAAAAGAAUCUUCCGGGCUCACUAGUAAGACUCGAGGGGCCCAUGUUUCCGUUCCUGACUGCUUGCCAAGUGUGAAAUAGCUCUGAGUAAUCUUGAGCUUACAUGGGCUUGGCUGGGGUUUUAAUGCCACCCAUGACAUAUCGCCUGAGCUCCCAGAACAAUUUGGGGAAUUAAGGUGGAAGGGAAGACUUAGAAUCAUAGAAUCAUAGAAUCAUAGAGUUGGAAGGGACCACAAGGGCCAUCGAGUCCAACCCCCUGCCAAGCAGGAAACACCAUCAGAGCACUCCUGACAUAUGGUUGUCAAGCCUCUGCUUAAAGACCUCCAAAGAAGGAGACUCCACCACUCUCCUUGGCAGCAAAUUCCACUGUCAAACAGCUCUUACUGUCAGGAAGUUCUUCCUAAUGUUUAGGUGGAAUCUUCUUUCUUGUAGUUUGGAUCCAUUGCUCCGUGUCCGCUUCUCUGGAGCAGCAGAAAACAACCUUUCUCCCUCCUCUAUGUGACAUCCUUUUCUAUAUUUGAACAUGGCUAUCAUAUCACCCCUUAACCUCCUCUUCUCCAGGCUAAACAUGCCCAGCUCCCUUAGCCGUUCCUCAUAAGGCAUCGUUUCCAGGCCUUUGACCAUUUUGGUUGCCCUCCUCUGGACACGUUCCAGUUUGUCAGUGUCCUUCUUGAACUGUGGUGCCCAGAACUGGACACAGUACUCCAGGUGAGGUCUGACCAGAGCAGAAUACAGUGGCACUAUUACUUCCCUUGAUCUAGAUGCUAUACUUCUAUUGAUGCAGCCCAGAAUUGCAUUGGCUUUUUUAGCUGCCGCGUCACUGUUGGCUCAUGUCAAGUUUGUGGUCAACCAAGACUCCUAGAUCCUUUUCACAUGUACUGCUCUCAAGCCAGGUGUCCCCCAUCUUGUAUUUGUGCCUCUCAUUUUUUUUGCCCAAGUGAAAUACUUUACAUUUCCCCCUGUUAAAACUUGUUCAAGCGCUUAUGAAGCCCAAAACAUCAGAUGUUCCACUUGCCUGUGGAUUAGUCCUCUUGCUGCUCAUUGGCUAAAUUUCAUCCCUGGGUGUGCCUGUGUGUCUACCUAGCUCCCUAAAAAUUAUUGAUAACAUUCAUAUCCUUCCACAGACAUCUGAAGGCAGCCCUGCAUCGGGGUGAUUUUAAUGUGUGGUGUUCAAUUGUGUUGUUGUUGUUGUUGUUGUUGUUGUUGUUGUUGUUGUUGUGUUUUUGUAUACUGUACUGUGUUGGAAGCUGCCCAGAGUAACUGGGGCAACCCAGUCAGAUGGGUGGGGGUAUUAUUAUUAUUAUUGCUAUUGCUAUUGUUAUAUCCCAGCACUCCUCCAUGGAGCUCAGCGUGGAAUAUGUAGCUUUCUUUCCCUCUCCUCUUUUGUUCUCUCAACAACCCUGCGAAGUAAGUUAAAGUGAGAGAAAGCGGCUGGCCAAGAACAACUACAACACAGUGAUUAUCAUGGCAAAUGUUCCAGAUUUGGUGGGUGUCAGCCAUAUUAUGGGACUGUUGAGAGUCGCUUGGGGUUGGGGGAAGACAAUAGUUCAAAGGAAUGCAUGCAGAAGGUCCCAGUUUCAAUCCCCGGCAUCUUCAGGUAGGACUGGAAGAGACUCCUGCCUGAAACCCUGGAGAACUGUCACCAGUCAGUGUGAGGAAUACUGAGCUAGAUGGACCAAUGGCUUAACUUGGUAUAAGGCAACUUCAAGGGGGAACUGGGGAUUUUCAACACUGGUCUCCUAUGUACAGGUCCAGCACUCUAAACACUGUACAACACUGGCUGUCAGGCAUUAGAAUAAUAGAAUUGUAGAGUUGGAAGGGAUGCCAAGGGUCAUCUAGUCCAACGCCCUGCAAUGCAGGAAUAAUAAUAAUAAUAAUAAUAAUAAUAAUAAUUUAUUUAUUUAUACCCCACCCAUCUGGCUGGGUUUCUCCAGCCACUCGGAGCGGCUUCCAACAGACUAUUAAAAUACAAUAACCUAUUAAACAUUAAAAGCUUCCCUAAAUAGGGCUGCCUUCAGAUGUCUUCUAAAACUCUGGUAGUUGUUUUUCUCUUUGACAUCUGGUGGGAGGGUGUUCCACAGGGCGGGUGCCACUACCGAGAAGGCCCUCUGCCUGGUUCCCUGUAACUUGGCUUCUUGCAGCGAGGAAAAUGCCAGAAGGCCCUCGGCGCUGGACCUCAGUGUCUGGGCAGAAUGAUGGGGGUGGAGACGCUCCUUCAGGUAUACUGAACCAAGGCCGUUUGGGGCUUUAAAGGUCAGCACCAACACUUUGAAUUGUGCUCAGAAAUGUACUGGGAAUCUCAGCUAAAGCAUCUGUGACGGAUGCCCAUCCAACCUCUGCUUAAAAACCUCCAAGGAAGAAGAGUCCAUUACCUUCUGAGGGAGUCUGUUUCACUGUUGAAUAGCUCUUCCUGUCAGAAAGUUCUUCCUGAUGUUUAGUCAGAAUCUCCUUUCUGACUAAAUCUAUUGAUUUGGGUGAAUUCUCCAGAGCAGGAGGAAACAAGCUUGCUCCAUCUUCCACGUGAUAGCCCUUGAGGUAUUUGAAGAUGGCUAUCAUAUCUCCUCUCAGUCUCCUCUUUUCCAGGCCAAACAUACCCAACUCCCUCAACCAUUCCUCAUAAGGCUUAAUCAUCUUGGUCACCCUCCUCUGCACACAUUCUAGCUUGUCAAUAUCCUUCUUAAAUUGUGGUGUCCAAAAAAUGGCCACAGGACUCCAUGUAUGGUCUGACCAAGGCAGAAGAGAGGUGUAAUAUUACUUCCCUUUAUCUGGACAGACAUCCUCACACUGAAAGCUGAGACCCCAAAGAACUCCUAGUAGAUUCAGUUCUUUACACUCAGAUGAUAUCAUUGCAGAUUGUAAUCCUCUUCCACCCCAAGAUUAUAAAUGCCCCUAUUGUCACAGUGUGUUUUGAAUCUCUCUCCCUAUAACAAACUUUCUUUUCAUAACCAAACCCUUUCUUUCCUUUUUUGCCUCUGCAGAGAUCGACUGCCUGAUCAGACUCCCCGAACCUGUGAAUUAUUGGGAUCCAAUAUUUGGGAUCUGCAUAUUCCUCUUCUCCUUUAUGAUCCCCGUCAUGGUGAUCACCAUUUGCUACAGCCUCAUGAUCAGGCGCCUGAAGAACGUCCGCGUUCUCUCCGGAUCAAAGGAGAAGGACAGGAACCUCCGCCGCAUCGCUCGUCUGGUCCUGGUGGUGGUGGCUGUUUUCAUAAUCUGCUGGACCCCCGUCCACAUCUUUGUCCUGGUCCGCUGCCUUGGGGCCAAAGCUGACAACGAGUUCAAGCUGGCCAUCUUGUACUUUUGCACCGCCCUGGGCUACACCAACAGCUGCCUGAACCCAGUGCUCUACGCUUUCUUGGACGAGAACUUUAAGACCUGCUUCAAGAAGUUCUGCUUCCCAUCUGCCUUCAGAAAGGAGUUGCAGAUGUCCAACCGCAUGUGCAGUAUUGCCAAGGAUGUGGCUUAUGCCUGCAAGAACUCAGAUGGGACUAACAAUCCCGCAUGACUAGGCGUGGAAAUCCCUAUGGUACCUGUCAGCCAGCAAAGCCCGACGACCCCCACGUCGGAGUUGACUCAGAUAACAGCUCUUUGAAGUCCAAGUGUUUUGGCCCACAGGCAGCCAGGAGGAGGAACGUAUGAGAGCACCAAUUUCACCAUGAUAUAGAAAAGUGACCUCAGAAUGACACUCUUCUUUCCCUCUAAAGGCUGCAUUUGGUUAUGCCUCUUGGAUUCUGUAAGGCUACAGGUCCUGUAGACUUCGCUUGCUUGCACGCACACACAGAGAGAGACAAUUUGUUUUGAAACGAAGGAGGCAAUGCCGAAACGUGGGCAAGGAACAUUUCACCACUAUGUACAGCUUGAGUGACUUCAACAGAUCAUCAGGCAGGGAAUCAAUUGAGAAAGCGUUGCCUGGGGAUUUCCUAUGUGCUCUAAAAAUCAAGCUUCAUUGGAGCUACAGGCCAGAAUGGCGUUGAGAGGGAACAAUUUCCCCAAAAUGUUCAUGAGAACACGAUGGUGCACCUUGCACCGUUCAUUUCUGCCUCGAGCAAGGGAGAUCCAGAAGGAUCUCUUCAUGCAGCCUUCAGUGGAUGGGUGCAUGGAUACAGGAUAAAGACCUACUUGGUGUUGGAGAAUGCAAUCUCUUUUGCGUUUGUUUGUUUUUAAUAUAUAUAUAAAGUGCACCCUCGCUUCAUCUGCAAAAUCUCUCUAGUGAGCAACCUGAGAGGCUGCGAUGAUAAAUAUUAAUCACUUUGAUUAAUGUACCCAGGGAGGUUUUUUCGCAAUGCAGCAGUAACAGAAGCCACGGACGGGCAUGGCUAGAAUGAAAUCAAGGGACAUCAUUGAGAUGCAAAGCAUCAGUUUGAUCAGUGACGACUGAAGGGAUGAAAAAUGAAGAGAUGAG